AUGCUCUCGGAAUCCCUGGAUGCCAAAUCAGUGGAGAAUCUGCUCUUAAUGGUAAGGAAGACACUAGAAAUUCCAGAGGAUACACAUACAGUGGGGGGAGUAGAUAAGCAUUUUUCUGAUCAGCACAAACAAAAGCUGUCCUUCCCACGCCAUAGAGCCAUUAAGGAGGUAGUGAUGUCUGAAGGGAAGAGAUCUGAGAAACGUCUUCCCUUCCAGGGUAAACUGGAAAAGCUCUCUCCAUUAGAGGAAGAGACCUCUAGGAUGUUGACAACCCCACCUAAGGUAGAUGCUCCUAUCUCAAGAGUGGUGAGAAAGGUAAUGUUACCUUUGGACAGUUCCGCUUUAUUGAGGGAACCUAUGGACUGCAAGUUGGAUGGUGAUUUAUCCAAGAUCCCAGAUCAAUACAGCUUCAGGGGCUGGCUGUCACCCAGCAGUAGUCCAGGUCCAUGA